GAGAAGGGGAAACACCGACUGGGACUUUGUUUCUUGUGUGUUCCCAGGUUGUUGUUUUUGCCUCUCCAUACCCUUUUUUUUCCUCUAAUUGGACUCCCCCUGUUGAAUAUGAGAUGUUUCUUUUUAACGCAUACCAUGGUUUGCUUAUGUUGCUGUCUUGGCAGAGCUGGGUGAAGGGAUACCCUUGCGUCUUCUAUCUCUUUUUUUCAAUCGGGUGUAAUUUCUCCCUUUCACCCGCCGGUCAACCAAACUGGUAGUUCUGGGUUCGCACUCUGCACUCCCCAGCCGGGGAGGAAGGCAGGGAUAAUUCAAAACACUCUAUAAACGAAAAGGACGAUAGAAAGCAAGAAACCGGAUGGGACCUCGUGCGGCAAGCUAACCCAAAAAAAAAAAGAGAAAAGUCUACGCUGAGGGUACAUAGAACCUACCCGUCAAGCAAACAAAACGUAUCAACGGAAGUAGUUGGUUCACCAGUGAGCUACACAGAGAGAGAAAGAGAGAGAGAGAAAGCGUCCAUCCGGAAUGCCGUUUCGUGGAACGAGAUACUUUGUCUCAUCAAGGUACAAACUACACCGCAUCUGUCUAUCAAGCAUCUGGGAGAACCAUCCCACCGCCCACUCCAUGAUAUCUGACACGCUUCCAGCUCGUUUCAAAUAUCAAUCCCGUUACGAAUGCUAGGCUUUUCGUAGCCCUCCCUUUCCCCCUUUGGGUUAAUGAUUGAUUGAAUUGAAUUGAACUGAUUGGUUUGCUUUAUCAUACCAAGAAAUGCAAGUACAAAUACAAAUACACCCCUUCUGUUGGGUGAAUAUAUUUGCAAGGCCUAUUUCGGUGAUGUGACUCCUUGCCAAUAAUGAGUGCUGUGUUCCCAGCCCAACUGGCCGCGGUCUCAUGUACACAUACACAUAUAUGGCCCCGUCUACUCAAAACCCAUCAUCAUUGAUCGUUCACUACUCAGAUGAUGGGUUUUUCACCGGGUUUUAGUUUUGCGACUGUUUUCACGUUCUACGGAAUUCUUGUGACACGUUUUGCUGUUAUUUUUGGUAUUUUUUUCUUCUGCGGCUGUUUUCUUCCCUGGAAACUGUCAUAAUACCUCUCUCUCUAAUGUGUUCGCACCCAUCAAAGACGCACCUCUUUUUUCCUCAACCACCCCCAAAGCAAGUUCAAUCAAUUCAAUCAAACACUAAUGUGAUUGUAUAGUAGGUAUAGGAGACUUGCUGACGCCUGGCAGGUGCUGGACAGGUAAUGGCCGCUAGCUGCUGGGUUUGAUGGUCUGUUUGGUAUGUAUAUUUGCCGUGUUGGAUAGACAAGUGGGAAACGACAUACACAGCUGAUCAAUAUGCGUAUGUUCAGAUCACUUCUAUUUUAUAGCUAUAAUAUUUGAAUUGGGUGUAUGUAUGGCUUUCUCCGACAUUUUGCUCUCCUGUUCUCUCAGGAUCUUGUUUGUUGACUGUCUGAGUAUUUGAUAUUCGCAACUAUUUACACAGCCGGCAUCUCUACUCGCCCUUCAAUCUAAUUUCGUCUAUUUGCUUACCUACUUUCUUACUUGCCUGUUACACAUGCUUUCUCUUGCUCAGUCUCUCCUUCGCAUCUCUCGUAAUGGAAAGCAGAAACAAUCAGGAAACGCGGCGGGAAGGCCACGGAAUCCAUAAGCUAUCCAUGGAUGCAAUGAUCAUCUCCACAUUAUUCUAACACUGCUUUGCCCUACGGGCACGUUUGCUACUCCUACUCGUAGCAAAGUCCCGCUGUCGUUUGCGCUGUUUCUUUCGCAUGGACCUACCUACCACCAUCUGCGUUCCAGCUUCCCACCGAAUGCCCUAUAAAAGGAGACACGACGUCUCCUCAAAUCCCCUCCAUUUCUUUACAUUCUCCAUUCUUCCAUCACGCCCUUCUCAUUGCUUGUAUCCCUCAGACUCAUAUAAGGGGCCCGAAACACAGCCCCAGAAGACAUUAUAUAUUAUAUAUGGGCAAAUCCUACCUUUCCACAUCCAAUAUGGUGGACCAUGGGCUUUCUACUUGAAGGCAGUCAUUUCUACCUCCGCGUGGACCCGCGAUGAAGCUCCCAGCCAGCUUAGCCGUUCGCUCCUGGAGAUGUCCGUCAUACACGCUUCCUUUUUCCUCAUGCAUCCUUCAACAAUAUAAUGGCUCUCCGUCCAGAUCUACAGGCGGGUAUGCAGCAAUUUUGUCUACGGCAGCAAUGACGACGGUGAUCACCCAGAGGACCGAAGGAUAAUGCGGAUACCGAUUGCAGCAUGACAACACGGUAUCUUACUUCGCUCUCUCUCCCUCGUGUUGCAGGCUGUCUAGUCUUCGUGGGAUGCACGUUCUACCUCGUUUUGCUCUCCUGCUGUGUUUGGGCCGGUUGGCGUCGGGCACAGACAAAAAGCGCACGCCCAGCCCAUAUAUACGUUUUCGCCGUUUCUUGGUUUCUUAGAUGUCAUUUCUUGCAACACUGGGCAGAAGUACGGAAAGAGAUUUGUUGAUCUGGUUUCAAAAUUGCUCUGAGGUUGCUGUUCGUGUUCACUUUGUUUUGGUUCCCACAUUCCCCAUUUUUGCAUGUUUUGCCGUUGCUUAUAUACCCUCCCCUAUGAUCGAUUUUUCGGGGCCGAGUACUUCUGCCGUAACUGCUAGCCCCUUUCCCGCACCAGCCCUUGUUAAGUUAUAUACAUUACUCUCGUUCUCAUGUGGGCCUUUCCCUCACAAGCCCCCGUUUUUUCCUUUCUUUUAUUCCCCCCCUCCUAGGAUAAGACAACUUGCGGCCCUUCCAUUCCCACUGAAAUUAACUGCAUGGAGUCCAAAGUCGCCCAACUACUGGUCGGUUCACCCACCAGGUAUAAUUUACACUACUCCAACACUGUGCAAGGAUGCGAUAUACACAACUGAUGUAUUUGCCUGCUACGUUACCCGUGAUUGGUAGUUUGGGAUGGCGAGUCAACGCCCGGAUAACCCCCUCGAUAUAUAAAGUAACAACGCGAUAGGGCAAGCCGGUACGUAACGCGGAGAAAGAGGAGUAAUCAGUUCUUCCUGAAAACGUAUUGAUUCUCUCCUCGUUCUUUGAAUGGCUCGAGCCUGGAUUUUUUGGGCACCGGAACCGCCUUGGUGGGCGAAAUUUAUUUCAGAUUUUCGAUCAAUCCGGCUUGUCAAACUUUCCCAAUGAGGUGGAUUGAAAAUGGGCAUUAUUGGAUUCAACCAACCAGUCUAUCUAGGGAACGUUCUCGAAAUAUAGCGAUUUACAUUUUAUUCGAAUUGUACACAUGUACCACUCCUGCAAGUGGGGAAAAAGAGGAUGCUUAGCAUAUACCGUUAAUGCCGAAGGGGAGAAUCCACUGGCAGAUAUACAGGGGAAGAAGGAAGGCAGUGAUGCUCGGGCCGCGAGGAUGUGCAGAGCAAUGAUCUGCGUGCCCGGAAUUUCCCUCGCUAUAUAUAAACUCGUGCUAGGGGGAGGCAUCAUUGACACAAUACAAAUAAGGGUCGGGUUCGGGGAAAUUGGCGAAGCGAAAGAAGCAGGAAACUCCCGCAACGCAAGCAUUGUCACAACAGACGAAGGGGGACAAACUGACAGGACAAACCCGAUGUGUACUAUCGGGAACUAUCCGUCGCUGCCGCCUUCAAAACUAUACAUAUAUAUAAUAUGCCAUUUUCCUAACGGCAAUCCUCCUUCUCCAACUCGUCGUUUACUCUCAGAAACAUAGCUAUACAUCUGACAAUAUCCACCAAAAUUCGGCGAAACCAGACCUAUACUAUAACGAAUCCCACUCCCAAAAGUUAUAUAUAUAUACGAUUAUAUACGAUAGCAUCGUCCCUCCAUUAUCUUGUUUGUGUUGUUCCUUUUUUGAUAUCCCAAGCUCAAGCUCAGGCUCAGAAGGCCGGUUCUAGUUGAGCUGCGAUUUUCAUAGUUUGGUCUCCUCCGGCCCCAACCCGUUGGAAUCGAACAAUUCACUGCCUUCGAGUGUGAAGUUGUUUCCUACUUACUAAACUGCGCACAAUCGAGUCCGUAUAAAUACAUGCAACCCCUACCACUUCAUUCUAUCAACAACUUAGAAAACCACAAACAACCUUCAACAAACAUAAAAAGAAGAAAAACGGAAAUCCAAACACUAAACCACUGACUGAUACUCAAAUCAAGAGAACACAAUCGAAACCAAUAUCUCUCAUAUCCCGUUGAAAAAACUGAUUGCCUCAAAAUACUAUCCUCAUUUAUACAAAUAAAAAUAUACCAAAAAAGAAACAUCAAAAUGUGCCACCAAAAAAUGCGUCAUCAUAGCUGCGGCCACGUCGGCCCCGGCAACUUCACCCGAUGCCACCGAUACGGUUCAAAACAAUUCCCUUGCAAAGUUCACACCAUCCAUAUCCAGUGGCCCUCCCCGUGUCCAAACUGUCGCAGGGCAUCAUAAAAAAGCUGCCAGGUGUUCCUACAUACUUGUAGCUCUGCAGUGGCUAUGAGGCCUGCGUGGUCUACAUUUUGCGGAAGGUUUUUUUGGAGGCUACGCGCUACUUCUUUGCUUGCUUUUCUUUUUGCUCUUUUC